UAUAUGAUGGCUACUAGGUUCCCUCAUAGUGGAAACUACCCUUCAAGUGAAGGGAACCCCAGAGACAAGUUUGUGCAUUGGUCUCAUGGUGCAGCUGGCAUGGCCAUAACCCUGUGCAAGGCAUCACAGGUGUUUCCAGGAGACAGGGAAUUUCGCGAUGCUGCGAUAGAAGCAGGAGAAGUUGUGUGGAAGAAUGGCUUGCUGAAGAAGGUAGGACUUGCUGAUGGUGUGGCUGGGAAUGCCUAUGCCUUCCUUUCUCUCUACCGUCUGACCAGAGAAACCAUAUAUGAAGGGAGAGCAAAGGCAUUCGCAAGCUUCUUGUAUCACAAUGGUAGAGAACUUGUGACUGUGGGGGACACUCAUGGGGCUGAACAUGCCUAUUCCCUUUUUCAAGGACUUGCCGGAACAGCUUGCCUCUGGUUUGAUCUGCACGUGCCCGAAAACGCCAGGUUCCCAGGUUAUGAACUGUAGGCAAUUGAGGAAGCUUUAUAUGCGAAUUAAAUCUUCUUAUCAUGAGAUUAAGUGGAAAAAUGUUAGUAUAUGAUCGUAUCCUAACAUGUAUAUAUAUUUUAGUGUGUACUUAAGUGAGCGGUUGUAAUCUUAAAUUCCAUAAUAUAUAAAGUGGAAAAAUGAGAUUGUUGGUCCCAAACACACAAGGUUUGAUUUUCCCUUGUGUCUUGAAGUCAACCAGCAGAAAUGUAUUGGUUAUGAAUGGGUUUGUUUGUAUGAUGAAAUUAGAAUACUUUGGUAGCUGGAUAGGGUUAAAUAAAGCCCAAAUUAUUGAAAA